GUUUGCCAUUCCACCCACAGAAAAGACGCUUCCCUCCACGCUAAUCUCGGUCGACUCUCCCCUUCCUCACCUCUUCAUGCAUAUAAAACCAGCGCCGUAAGAAGAUCUCCUCGACGCCGAAAGAAUGCCCAGAGUUCAUCCUACACUGAGAAUGACCGACGACGACGAAGAGCUCGCGACGACGACAGCCCGUCCAUCGAUUUGGACGGUAUGGAACAAGUCGAGCAUGGGUUUCCACGGAACGGAUGGGUUCUCGAUUUAUGACAGCAAGGGAAGACUGGCCUUUCGGGUCGACAAUUACUCGAGGAAGCACAAGUGUUUUGCAGGGCAGCUGCUGCUCAUGGAUGCCAAUGGGAAGGCACUCAUGGCUUUGAGGCCUCGGAUACUGAGCAUGCACGACAGGUGGAGCGGAUUCAAAGGCGAAGACGGCUUAGAUCCAAAGUGCAGAACUCACGUCUUCUCCAUGAAAAGGCGAUCGAUCCUUCAAGGCCGCGACAAGGCGGAGGUGUACAUGGACAGUCCAGACGACCGAUCAUCGCUGCCGCAUUUCAAGACCGAGGGUUGUUUCAGAAGAAGAGACUGCAAGAUUUUGGACAGCAAUGGCGAGGAGGUGGCACAGAUAAGCCACAAGAAAGUGAACAGGUCCGUCACUUUGGGCGAUGAUGUGUUCAGCCUCAUCAUUCAGCCGUACACCGAUACUGAGCUGAUAAUGGCUUUUCUGGUCAUCAUGGACCGCAUCUGCUAGAAGCCUUGUAGCUUUACAUGGCUGGAGGGUCGCCAUUUUCGCACCCGACAUAGCUGCUGCUUGUGGUAGAUAACACAGUGAGUGAGAUAAGAUGGAAGCUGUGGAAAUAUAUGAAGUCACAAAGGUCAACAUGUUCAGUGACGUUAAGUGAAUCUUACGAUGCAGUCAGGUCUUUUCUCUUUUGAGCUUAAGCUUCCUUAAAGAGAUUCAAUGUCCAGUAACAGUGCAGUCAAGUAAGGAUUCCAAUAAUCAACUGACUGGAGACAGUAAUAAUCCACAUGAAUAUCCAUUGACAUUCACUACCUAUUAUGGUCAGAUACAGUGUGUAGUAAGCUUGCUGGUCGAGUAGUCGAAAAGCUGCAGCUCCUCUCUUGUGGACGAUUGAUGACUGCUGCUUCCCUGUCUGAGGGGCAAAAUGAGAGAUGUCAAUUCCCCAUUAGAUGGGAAAAGCCUCUGUGUUGCUGGUUUGAAGACAACCAUGAUGGGUUAUUGGGAUGGAGGUUUAGGCUGUGUUACAAUGUCUGAGUCUCAAGGCCUAAGAAACAUUGUCACCAACAACACCAAUCCUCGGUGGAUUGUUAGGUUCUUUUUUUAGUUUAUUGUCACGAGUAGAUUUGUUUUUCAUGACUCAUAUAUAUAAUUUGAUACGUCAAUAAUGA